GAGGACCGACGCGGGUCAGUCAGACGGCGGCAGCCCUGGGAGGCGCCAGCGCGAGUCCGAGCCGCUCCCCGUCCGCUGCAGCCGCCACCGCCGGCUCCGUCGCCGCCGCGCCCCGGCGUCCCGUGUCCUCGCCCUCCCCGCGCCGCGGCCCUCGAUGCGGCGCCGGGCCGCUGCGUGAUGGGGCUGCGGAGCGGUGCCCUGCGGCUCGCGGCGGCCGCUGCUCGCGCUGAGGCGCUUCGGUGCCGGGCCCCCCGCGCCCCCGCGCGCCGUGUCGCCUGCUGACCCGGCCCGCCCGUCCGCCCGUCGGUCCGUAGCGCGGCUGAGGAAACUUGCACAUAACUUCAAAAGAAGAUUUGAUACUUUAUUUCUGGACUGCAUAUAUAUAACAAGACCAUCAGAAUGUCGGGAGCCUCAGUGAAGGUGGCUGUGCGGGUUCGGCCCUUCAAUUCUCGAGAGACCAGCAAAGAGUCCAAGUGCAUCAUUCAGAUGCAAGGCAACUCGACCAGUAUUAUUAACCCAAAGAACCCAAAGGAAGCUCCAAAGUCCUUCAGUUUCGACUACUCCUACUGGUCGCACACCUCGCCUGAAGAUCCCUGUUUUGCAUCUCAAAACCGCGUGUACAAUGACAUUGGAAAGGAAAUGCUCUUACAUGCCUUUGAGGGCUAUAACGUCUGUAUUUUUGCCUACGGGCAGACUGGUGCUGGGAAAUCUUAUACAAUGAUGGGUAAACAAGAAGAAAGCCAGGCUGGCAUCAUUCCACAGUUGUGUGAAGAACUGUUCGAGAAAAUCAACGACAACUGUAAUGAAGAAAUGUCUUACUCUGUAGAGGUGAGCUACAUGGAAAUUUACUGUGAAAGAGUACGAGACCUGCUGAAUCCAAAAAACAAGGGUCAUUUGCGUGUGCGUGAACAUCCGCUUCUUGGCCCAUAUGUGGAGGAUCUGUCCAAGCUGGCAGUCACUUCCUACACAGACAUUGCUGACCUCAUGGAUGCUGGGAACAAAGCCAGGACAGUGGCAGCUACCAACAUGAAUGAAACAAGUAGCCGUUCCCAUGCUGUGUUUACCAUUGUUUUCACCCAGAAGAAACAUGAUACUGAGACCAACCUUUCCACUGAGAAGGUCAGUAAAAUCAGCUUGGUGGAUCUAGCAGGAAGUGAACGAGCUGAUUCCACUGGUGCCAAAGGGACUCGAUUAAAGGAAGGAGCAAAUAUUAAUAAGUCUCUUACAACUCUGGGCAAAGUCAUUUCAGCCUUGGCAGAGGUGGAUAACUGCACCAGCAAGAGUAAGAAGAAAAAGAAAACUGAUUUUAUUCCCUACAGGGAUUCUGUACUUACUUGGCUCCUUCGGGAAAAUCUAGGUGGUAAUUCUCGGACUGCAAUGGUUGCUGCUCUGAGCCCAGCAGAUAUCAACUAUGAUGAAACUUUGAGCACUUUGAGAUAUGCAGAUCGUGCAAAGCAAAUUAAAUGCAAUGCUGUUAUCAACGAGGACCCCAAUGCCAAACUGGUUCGUGAAUUGAAGGAGGAGGUGACGCGGCUGAAGGACCUUCUCCGUGCUCAGGGACUGGGAGAUAUUAUCGAUAUUGAUCCAUUGAUCGAUGAUUACUCUGGAAGUGGAGGCAAAUAUCUGAAAGAUUUUCAGAACAAUAAGCAUAGGUACUUGCUAGCCUCUGAGAAUCAACGCCCUGGCAAUUUUUCCACAGCGUCCAUGGGGUCUCUUACUUCAUCUCCAUCUUCCUGCUCACUCAGUAGUCAGGUGGGCUUAACAUCUGUGACCAGUAUUCAGGAGAGGAUCAUGUCUACACCUGGAGGAGAGGAAGCCAUUGAACGCCUAAAGGAAUCGGAGAAGAUCAUUGCUGAGCUGAAUGAAACCUGGGAAGAGAAGCUGCGUAAAACAGAGGCCAUCAGAAUGGAGAGAGAGGCCUUGUUGGCUGAGAUGGGAGUUGCCAUUCGAGAAGACGGAGGAACCCUGGGAGUUUUCUCACCGAAGAAGAUUUUCCCACAGAUGCCCGCAGCCCUGAUUUAUAACUCUAUGGAAGCAAUUUCAGCCAUUCAGAUUUUGACCCCAAGACCAUGUGACUUAUUUUUGGAUUCCAAUGGGGUAUUUUCACCAAAGAAGACCCCACAUCUUGUUAACCUCAAUGAAGACCCACUCAUGUCCGAGUGCCUGCUUUAUUACAUCAAAGAUGGAAUUACCAGGGUUGGCCAAGCAGAUGCUGAGCGGCGCCAGGACAUCGUGCUGAGUGGGGCUCACAUUAAAGAAGAACAUUGUAUCUUCCGGAGCGAGAGAAACAACAGUGGGGACGUUAUCGUGACCCUAGAGCCCUGUGAACGCUCAGAGACCUAUGUAAAUGGCAAGAGGGUGGCCCAGCCCGUUCAGCUGCGCUCAGGAAACCGUAUCAUCAUGGGUAAAAAUCAUGUGUUUCGUUUCAACCACCCGGAGCAAGCACGGGCAGAGCGAGAGAAGACUCCUUCUGCGGAGACCCCCUCUGAGCCUGUGGACUGGACGUUUGCCCAGAGAGAACUUCUGGAAAAACAAGGGAUUGAUAUGAAGCAGGAGAUGGAGAAAAGGCUACAGGAGAUGGAGAUCCUGUACAAAAAGGAGAAGGAAGAAGCAGAUCUUCUUUUGGAGCAGCAGAGACUGGACUAUGAGAGUAAGUUGCAGGCCUUGCAGAAGCAAGUUGAGACCCGCUCCCUCGCUGCCGAGACAACAGAAGAGGAGGAAGAGGAGGAAGAAGUCCCUUGGACACAACAUGAAUUUGAGCUGGCCCAGUGGGCCUUCCGGAAAUGGAAGUCUCACCAGUUUACUUCAUUAAGGGACUUACUCUGGGGCAAUGCUGUUUACCUGAAGGAGGCCAACGCCAUCAGUGUGGAACUGAAGAAGAAGGUGCAGUUCCAGUUCGUUCUGCUGACCGACACCUUGUACUCCCCUCUGCCUCCGGAGUUACUUCCCACUGAGGUGGAAAAAACUCACGACGACAGGCCUUUCCCGCGGACGGUGGUGGCGGUAGAAGUGCAGGAUCUGAAGAAUGGAGCGACACAUUAUUGGUCUUUGGAGAAACUCAAGCAGAGGCUGGAUUUGAUGCGAGAGAUGUAUGACAGAGCAGGUGAGGUGGCCUCUGGUGCCCAGGAUGAAAGCGAAGCCACCGUGACUGGCAGCGAUCCAUUUUAUGAUCGAUUCCAUUGGUUCAAAUUGGUAGGAAGUGGGUUCUGUCCUUUCGGCACCUGUAGCUUCCUGUUUAACCAGCUGUUCCUCUCUCCUUGGCUGUGUCCGUCGGCGUCUUCCCCGGUGCCUAGCUCCCCCAUUUUCCACGGCUGUGUGAACGAGCGCCUUGCGGACCGCACACCCUCCCCCACUUUUUCCACGGCCGACUCCGACGUCACUGAGCUGGCUGACGAGCAGCAAGACGACAUGGAGGAUUUUGAGGACGAGGCGCUCGUGGACGACACCGGCUCUGACGCGGGGACGGAGGAGGGAUCAGAGCUCUUCAGUGACGGGCAUGACCCGUUUUACGACCGAUCCCCAUGGUUCAUUUUAGUGGGAAGGGCAUUUGUUUACCUGAGCAACCUGCUGUAUCCUGUGCCCCUGAUUCACAGGGUGGCCAUUGUCAGUGAGAAGGGUGAAGUGCGGGGAUUUCUGCGUGUGGCUGUGCAGGCCAUUGCAGCGGAUGAGGAAGCUCCUGAUUAUGGCUCCGGAAUUCGACAAUCAGGAACAGCUAAAAUAUCUUUUGAUAACGAGUACUUUAAUCAGAAUGACUUUUCUUCCGUGGCAAUGACUCGUUCUGGUCUGUCUCUGGAGGAACUGAGGAUUGUGGAAGGGCAGGGUCAGAGUUCUGAGGUCAUCACUCCUCCAGAAGAAAUCAAUCGAAUGAAUGACUUGGAUUUGAAGUCAAGCACUUUGCUGGAUGGUAAGAUGGUCAUGGAAGGGUUUUCUGAAGAGAUUGGCAACCACCUGAAACUGGGCAGCGCCUUCACUUUCCGCGUGACAGUGCUACAGGCCAGUGGGAUCCUUCCGGAGUACGCAGACAUCUUCUGCCAGUUCAACUUUUUGCAUCGCCAUGAUGAAGCGUUCUCCACCGAACCUCUGAAAAACAACGGCAGAGGAAGUCCUCUGGGCUUUUAUCACGUGCAGAAUAUUGCAGUGGAGGUCACUGAAUCAUUCGUGGACUAUAUCAAAACCAAGCCGAUAGUAUUUGAAGUCUUUGGGCAUUAUCAGCAGCACCCGCUUCAUCUUCAAGGACAGGACCUUAACAGCCCGCCUCAGCCAUCUCGACGCUUCUUCCCUCCGCCCAUGCCGCUCUCCAAGCCAGACCAUGAGAGAAAGAUUGAACUGAUUCGGUUUCUCGUAGCUGACUAUGUGAAUGUGCAUGUGUUGGACGCGGUUUCUGAGCACGCCAACGCGCUUGCUUCCUCCGCUGUUGCCACCUUCCGGGACGGGGCAGACACAUCGCCCCCUUUCCUCCCUCUGCCAGUUCCCAGCUGCCAGAGUGAGAGGGCACCUAAACGAGAUGUUCCAGCUACCAAGUUAAACACCAUGAGCAAAACCAGCCUUGGCCAGAGCAUGAGCAAGUACGAUCUUCUGGUUUGGUUUGAGAUCAGUGAACUGGAGCCUACAGGAGAGUACAUCCCAGCCGUGGUUGACCACACAGCAGGCUUGCCCUGCCAGGGGACAUUUUUGCUUCACCAGGGCAUCCAGCGAAGGAUCACGGUGACCAUUAUCCAUGAGAAGGGGAGUGAGCUCCACUGGAAGGAUGUUCGUGAGCUGGUGGUAGGCCGGAUCAGGAACAAGGCUGAAGUGGAUGAGGCUGCGGUCGAUGCUAUCCUCUCCCUAAAUAUUAUCUCUGCCAAGUACCUGAAGUCCUCCCACAACUCCAGCAGGCUCUUUCUUGAUAAGGACAUUCCUAGGACCUUCUACCGUUUCGAGGCCGUGUGGGACAGCUCCCUCCAUAACUCUCUCCUUCUGAACCGAGUGACACCCUAUGGGGAAAAGAUCUACAUGACCUUGUCAGCAUACCUAGAGCUGGAUCAUUGCAUCCAGCCGGCGGUCAUCACCAAAGAUGUGUGCAUGGUCUUCUACUCCCGGGACGCCAAGAUCUCGCCGCCACGCUCUCUGCGCAGCCUCUUUGGCAGCGGCUACUCGAAGUCACCGGACUCCAAUCGUGUCACUGGAAUUUAUGAACUCAGUCUAUGCAAAAUGGCAGACACGGGCAGUCCAGGCAUGCAGAGAAGGAGAAGAAAAAUCUUGGAUACGUCAGUGGCCUAUGUGCGGGGAGAAGAGAACUUAGCAGGCUGGCGGCCCCGCGGGGACAGCCUCAUCCUUGAGCACCAGUGGGAGUUGGAGAAGCUGGAGCUCCUUCACGAGGUGGAGAAAACUCGCCACUUCCUGCUGCUGCGUGAGAGACUUGGUGACAGCAUCCCCAAAUCCCUGAGUGACUCACUGUCCCCCAGCCUCAGCAGUGGGACCCUCAGCACCUCCACCAGCAUCUCCUCUCAGAUCUCUACCACCACCUUUGAAAGUGCCAUCACCCCCAGCGAGAGCAGCGGCUACGACUCCACGGACAUCGAAAGCCUGGUGGAUCGAGAGAAGGAGCUGGCUACCAAGUGCCUGCAACUUCUCACGCACACUUUCAACCGGGAAUUCAGCCAGCUGCAUGGCAGCAUCAGUGACUGUAAGCUGUCUGAUAUCUCUCCUAUCGGACGGGAUCCAUCCGUGUCCAGCUUCAGCAGCGCCACCCUCACUCCCUCCUCCACCUGCCCUUCUCUGGUAGAAGCUCGGAGCAACUCUCAGGAGCAGAAGACCCCAGAAGCCAAUUCCCGGGCCUCCAGUCCCUGCCCAGAAUUUGAACAGUUUCAGAUUGUCCCAACUGUGGAAACACCCUAUUUGGCCCGUGCAGGAAAAAAUGAAUUUCUCAAUCUUGUUCCAGAUAUUGAAGAAAUUAGACCAGGCUCAGUGGUCUCUAAGAAAGGAUACCUGCAUUUCAAGGAACCGCUUUAUAGCAACUGGGCUAAACAUUUCGUCGUGGUCCGUCGCCCUUAUGUCUUCAUCUAUAACAGCGACAAAGACCCAGUGGAGCGUGGCAUCAUUAACCUGUCCACAGCACAGGUGGAAUACAGUGAGGACCAGCAGGCCAUGGUGAAGACACCUAACAUCUUUGCUGUAUGCACGAAGCAUCGUGGGGUCCUUCUACAGGCUCUCAAUGACAAAGACAUGAACGACUGGUUGUAUGCCUUUAACCCACUGCUUGCUGGCACGAUACGGUCGAAACUGUCCCGCAGGUGCCCGAGCGAACCGAAGUACUAAGUGACUCUGCCGAGCGCCCUCACUCGCCUUCGAGAGAUAAAGUCAGUGUUGCCCCUCACUUCUCUCUCUGAUUCUUGACGGCCCCUCUCGUGUGUAAGCCUGUGGCGUAACUGCUUUCCCUCCUGUCAACACUCUUUCUCGCUCUUCUGGUCCCCGUCUCCGUUGCUCUGUAUCCUUCUUUGUUCCUGUGCUGAGAAUCGUGGUAAUAGCACGUGGCCUAACAAAAGGGAGAAAAGCAAACGAACAAACACAAACGACCCAGAGGGGCUCCGGUGAAUCUCCGAAUUAUUUUUUCGUGACUUUUGGCUUCCUUUUGUAUGAUGGGUCCCCAUAUGACCACCUGUGAUGUCUGUACUGCUGUCUUUGGAUAUCUUGGUCUGUUUUUUAAGACAACAUUAAUACCUUUUUUUCUUUUCUCUAUUUGUGAUAAUCACUUUAAUUUUGGGGGGUGGCUUCGGAGACUAAGGGAGGAAACAUCUGGCAUUUUUUUCAACCUAAAAGGAAAAACUUACCUUUUCCCCUUCCCUCUCCUUUUGCCGUUGCUAAUCCCUGCAUUUUCCAUUCAGGGAAAAGGUUGUAGUGAGCUUGGAAAUGGCACAGGUGUGUUCUCUGAAAUUGGAGCUUCGUUAGAAUGUAGCUGUGCGGUUUUCUUUUAGUGGAAGAGAGAAGGGAGGACUUUGUAGCAGGCCUGGAACAGCGGGAAGGGAAAAGCCAAGGUUAUUGCCAGCACGGUUGAGAGGACCGCGGGAUCUGGCAACAGCUCGUGACGGCGGACGGACGGUAGGGUGAGAGCAGUUCCUCAGAGCAGAAUUCCUGUGAACUGUUUUUCUCCCAGAAUUUCUCAUUUCUCUUCUUGGCAUUAGUGCUGGUGGUACAGUUUGGAAUUAGUGCAGCGUCCUACACCAGUGAUCCACAAGGGGGGAGCGACUCACCUUCUGGGGGUCACUGUUACCACCAUAAGUAUGGUGACGCCGAGCAGUGACCUUGUGAUCCUUGUAGCUCCCUUUGAUCGAACAAGCGUAACUUCAAGUGUAGACGCGAAGCCUCCCUCUGACUCCUGGGCAUUUUCAAUGAUCCUUGUCAAGUGGAAAAUACUUUCAGUAAUGCUUCUGCCCCCUAUAAUCAUAAAUACGCAGACAUGGCAGGCUUUGCCUUCUGGAUCCCAGGAUUAAAACCACUCCCUUCCCACCACUAAAACAAAACAAGAGGACAUCCGGGGGCAGAGAGGAGGUGCGCCUGAGCCACGGCCCCAGUGGUUGGCUGCUGCAUCCGCCUGGCCUCUCCUCCUUGGUCAUCUUUGUCGGAUGUGGAAGUAUUGCCGGAGGAGGAAGGAGGAAGCUCGCUGCUGCCCAUCUCCUUCCCUGACGGAUCAGGGUCGUCUGCAUCCAGAAGCCAUCACGGAAGAAGAUAGAUACUCUUUCUCUUUCAGCUGUCAGUUGAAGUCACGUUUUCUGGGAACGAGCUGGGGAAGAGACGGCCUCCAGGUUACUCCAGCUGCUUUGCCAGUUGACCUGGGGUGUUCUGUACUAUCCUUUUUACCUUCCUCACACAAAGCUCUGACCACCCCUCGGGCGCUCAGGAAAGUAGCUGCCCUCUCCCACCUUGUGGGGACUGAGGGCCCCCAGCCGUGAAGUUGCCGACUCUGUGGGGUCCGGCCGACUGUCUGCGUCAGGCGGGACGGGGGCAGGGGCUGGCGCACGGUUGGGGCCGUGGACGAGAGCCGGGCAGCACGCCGGCCACAGACCCUUGCUUCUGACUUCCCGGUUGGGCUCGUCUCUGAGAACAGGUCUCCCGGCUUCGGUACAAUUGCCUGGCCAAGGGGAGGAAAAGUGAAUCGUGGUGAGCUUAAAAGAAAGGAUAGAAAUCACAGGCGGUGUGACCUUAGCUGAAAAGUGAUCAAUAAAAACUCUACAGUAGAUUUUUAACUUUUUUCCUCUCCUUAAACAUAGGUCAUUAACUGUGACGUUACUUGUUUUCUAAGCGGUGUGUGAGAUUUUUAAUGUAGUUAGAGGUUCCUUCAUCGUCUAAUGGGCACGGUAUGCCCUUCUGGUGUAUACGCAAAUCCAGGACCUGUCGGUGCUUAGAGACAGCUUCUGGACCGGAAUGAAAUCCAGUUGCAGGGAAAUGAAGAUGAAAUUGGAAGAUGGCUUUUAGUGAAGUCACAGGUGCCACUGCUGUUUGUCACAGAGUCUGACAGAGGGCCCUGGAUCUGUGACAGAGGGAGGUGGGGAGGGCUGAGGGAGAGUCAAAUCAUGUGACAAACUGAAAUGACGUUUGGUUUUUCUUCUAACUCAAACAAAACUGGCUUGGAAAGUCUUUGCUUUGGAGGUGUCGGGUAUCAAGACAGGUAGGACCGGACCGUUCAUAACACCCCCCGGGUAAGAGGGCCUCCCGAGGAGCAGGACGCGUGAGGCCCGCAGGGUCUCAGGCAGGUGUGCUUCCCUCCAUCUGAGGACAGCCCUUAGUGGUGGCCCCUUUUCUUCCAGCGGCCCAUUUUCAGACUGGAGUUGCAACAGUUUCGGGAUUAAUGUUCUCUUUCUGGGUAGGUCCAUCCCUACUGUGAAGCUGAGAGGGCAUUUAUGGCAGGAACUACUUACGAGGCUUUAGCUGAAGCCACGGUGGCAGGAAAGUUGAUACUUAAGAUGAUAUUAAUAUUAGUAUUUAAGGAAACUACCUUUUAAGUAAGGGGUUUCUUUUGUGGUUUUUUUUUUUCCUAAAGCAUUCUUUUAAACAAGCCAAAAAAAAAAAAAAACCAGAAAGAAAAAGCUCUUAUGCAAAUUAAGGAGAAAUGAGUUCCAGUUAGAAGUAAUCCUCUCUUCCCCUCCUUCCCCACCCUCCUUUCUCCUGCCAAAGCAAAAUUCGGCCUCACAGCCCACACCAAGCUGGGACCCACAGCCUCCUCCCCUCUGUGCCUGCCUGGGGGUCAGCCAGCUCUCGGGCCAGGCCGUGCAGGGCCGGCCAGCCGUGCACACAGCCAGGGGCGUGGGGAAGGGCCACUGCUGGCAGCUUGGGUGGUGGGCGCCCCGAUCCCAGCGUCGUUACAGUGCUCGAGCGCUCACUGUGAGGGGAAGGGAAGCGAUUCCCACCCCCCCCCCCCCCCACUAAACGACCACUAUUGUUUUACUUUUCUUUUCCCUUCAGCUGCAUAGAACUUAAACAACUACUCAUGUUUUUGAUGGAUUUCUUUUUUCAGCUCUUUUAUGAUGAAGGGAUAAGGUAAGAUCAUUGUGCAAGGUCUUUAAGGCUCUAAAAUUAAAACGACUUCUCCUGGCACAUAUUCCAAAGCAAAGACUUUGUUGCCUGCUGCUUGUUCUAAUUUACAGGGAUAUUUAAUUUUGUAACGUGUAUGUAUAUUUAUAGUGCUGUAAUUAAUUGCACAUUGGACUGGAAAAGAGCGGAUGACCCAGGGUGUGGCAGCUAUCGGUACUCCCCGUUUCCUCGUGCUGUGUUCCACACGGGUCUCCGGGACGGGAUCAGGGCUCGCUCGUUUGUCUAUUGGACUCGGGUCCUUCGUUUUUCCUUUGGGUUCCCUUAUUAAAAUGUGAUUGUUAACCUGCUCCUUAAAAGGAAAACACUAAUUCUGCUGCUGCUCGUGGAAGGUUUGCUGAAUGUAUUUUAAACAGGACUCUGGCCCGUACACACUGCAGCUGUCCACUGUGGCCAACGAUGAUACACCCACGUGUGCGGCCAGACCUUUACUGUAUGUAGCAGGAACGUAUUGAUUUGUGCUUCCUUAGCAAAUUGAAAUGUCAGCCGAGAGAUGAUCUGCUGCUGUUGUUCAAAAGGCCAUUUAUGAAAGUCGUAUUUGAACCCCAUGAAACCUUAGGAAAGCUUGUGAUCGUUUAAUGGAAAGAAUGAGAAUUGAUCCAAAUUUCACGUUAAAAGCUGUGCUCAGAAGGUCCGAGCUGAGGUUGGUCUCCUCCCAAACCCUGGCUGUUGUGUGUCGUCUCCGUGUGUCCGAGUUCCCUUUUUUCAGGCUGCACAUUCUGGCAUCUGUUCACCCGAGGAGUCCAUCGGCCGGCUCGCGUGCAAGGCGCCACCUCCCGGGGUCUCUCCUCGCCAUCCUCGUGCGCUGCAACAGAACCCAUGGAGCAUACGUGGCCUUUUUGAACCAAGACUUUGCAAACUGAUCUCUCCCCAGUAAGGAGUUGAGCACAUUAGCAACAAUGUACAUUAUUAAUUUCAGAUUUUCAUUUUCAUGUUUUAUUAUGUAAAUAUGAUCUGAUGUUUGGAGCUUGAGUAUACAGAAUGUAAAUAUAGUUCUUGUAUUUGUACUAAUUCUCGUUCUUUUGCUGUAUAGCCUUAGAUGUGCAAUGCAGACAUUAUCUAACUGUGUAUGGUAACCUUGCAUCACGGAACUAUUAGUGAACGAGGUAAAAAUAAUAAAGGUACAACCAGUGCA